AUGAAGGCAACUAUACUUGUACUUCCUCUUCUCAUAUCCUCGACGGUAAAUGCUGCUGCCAUAGGAAGACAGGAUGAAAACUUUCAAAAGAGAGCGGUAGAGUACGUUACUUUAACAAGUACUACACAGAUUCCCCUUGCACAAUACCUCGCCGGUACUACUACUACUGCUGCCGCUGCCGCCGCUAAUGUGAAGGCAGCAGUUGCAACUCCUGCCGCUGCUGCUCCCGCUGCUACUACUGCUGCUGCCGCUUCUUCCUCAAGCUCAGGUGGAUUUUUUGGUUGGUUGAGUAAUCUUUUUGGAUCGGAUGAUACUUCAUCCACAGCAGCAACUGCUGUGACUCCUGCUAGUACCACCGCCAUUGCAUACGCAGCUACUUUGGUAGACUCUUCAACUGCUGCACCAGUAGCUACCACCACUCAGGGAUAUUUUGCUUCCCUUUUGGAUGAUUUAAUCAACCCAGAGACUUUAACUUACACUUACCCCGGUGGUAGUAUUGAAACUGGAGCUGUUGCAGCUACUUCCUCGGUGAAUGUUGGCUACUCCGCUUCAGUUGUAGCCAGUGGGGUAAUUUCUGCAACUUCCAGCUCAUACUCUUCUUCUUCUUCUUCAUCAGGAAGCAGUGAUUCUGGAGAAUAUGCUCUGAAUAUUAAAUACGCGGAAGAAGCUAAGGGUAUUACUUACUCUCCAUACAAUAAGGAUGAUCUGUGUAAAGAUGCUUCAACUGUUGCUUCGGAUAUCGCCAAAUUGUCGGCCUUCCUGUUGAUCAGACUUUACAGUACAGACUGUUCUGGUAUUGAAAAUGUCUUAGCAUCAAUAAAUUCCAAUCAACAAUUAUUUUUGGGUAUUUGGAAUAUUGAUUCUGCUUCUGUUCAAUCAGGUUUAGAAGCAAUUCAGAGCGCAUUAUCUACAAGUUCCAGAGGCUGGGAUGCAGUGCAUACCAUCUCCAUCGGUAACGAACAAGUUAAUGCUGGUACUGCCACUGUAGCUCAAAUUCAGACUGGAGUUAGUGCUGCUAGAACUUGGCUUAAACUGAAUGCUGCUUCAUACUCAGGUUAUGUCGUUUCAGUUGAUACCUUAGCAGCUACCGUUGCAAACCCUGGUUUGUGUGAUAUCCUGGACUACAUUGCUGUUAACUGUCAUCCAUAUUUCACUGGAAGCGUGGACCCCUCUGAGGCUGGUUCUUGGUUACAAAGUCAAAUUUCUAGUGUUUCGUCCGUUUGUGGUGGACUGAAAGACGUUCUUAUCACGGAGACUGGUUGGCCAACGCAAGGUGACAGCAUUGGAAGCUGCGUUCCAUCAAUUGCAAAUCAAGCUGCAGCUUUGGAAAGUAUUAUGUCAGUAAUUGGUGAUCAAGCAUUUUCCUUCACCAUGUACAACGAUUACUGGAAAGACCCAGGUCCUUAUAAUAUUGAACAAUAUUGGGGUAUUUUCGGAGAUCCAUCAUCUUAA